CGCCGUCGCCGCCGCCGCCGUCGCGACGGACAGAAAGAGGGGAAGGCUCGGUUGUCUUGGGUGCCACCUCGAAGCCGGCACGACUCAGUCAGUCGCGCCUCGGGGGUAAGUUCGAUUCGGUGGAUCUCAUCGGUCGUCGGUGAUGCCAAGAUGCGUUCCCCUCGCGGCGGUGGUGGCGGCGGCAGCGGUGGUGGUGGCGGCGCGGACGCGUCGUGAUUACGCGCUCUCGGCACGUGGCCGGUGGUGGUAGCGUACGCGGUGGGCUUUCGCUCGUGAGAGAGAUCUUCGGCAUCUCAUUGAAGGGAAGAGAGUCGGACGGAGCAUGACCCUAAGAAGGCACGAGGUUUCCGAACGAUAUCGCAUCCGGUAGCGGUCGGUCUACCACACUUUUCCGUCUCGAUAGCGUCCCAGUAGACUGAGGGAGAGAGAGAGAGAGAGAGAGAGAGAGAGAGAGAGAGAGAGAGAGAGGGGAAGAGAACGACGCUACUUGACGUUGAUUUUAUGACGCUCAUCGUCGCGACGUUACAGAGAUUGGACGAUUGAAGCGUUCCUCCUCUACGUUUCACGGGGGUUGGAUACGAGAAAACCACUACGCGGGAAGUGUGUUUUACCUGUAUCUGCUUGUUCGACGAGAGUCGAGGAGGUAUCGGACGGCUGACGGACCGACCGACGCCGAGCGUCGCCGCCGACACGGCGUCGUCCACGUAGCGAGUGCGCCUCCGUUUCGCGAUUUCGAUCCUGAAAGCGGAGAAAUUCGGUGCUCACGAACGAUCAGGUGACCGUUGAUCUUGAGACAUCGGAAUCACGAGUGCCGCCGUUAGGAAUGUGCAAAGAUCAUUCAAGAAACGAUCUAGAUACGUGUUUUCAAUUGUAGUGUGUGGCAUCUACCUCUGUCAUAAGAACUUUCAUACAGAAAUCCGAUACAGAAUUUUGGGAGGACCCGAGCAAAAUUCCGCGUCUCGAUUAAUCAUUUAGCGUUGUGCCAUCAGUGAAUAGCAGUGAGUGAUCUCGGGCGCCGAGUGGCGCGAUGCGGCGUCGUGUCGCUCGUCGACACGUCGUCGUCGCUGGUAGCCAGCAGGAGGCCGUCACGACGACGAGCGACGGCGGCGUCGUCGGCAAGGCCGCUGAAGAAUGGACGGCGACGGACGCGAUAAGAAGAAGAGUUACGGUUACAGCUGUCAGUGUGCUCGUCGGCGCGGCACGCGACGCCGACGUCGGCGUCGUCGUCGAUCGCCGCCGCCGUAUACUCGUCGGACAGAUCGUCGGGCGAGUCGCGCGGUGAUUCGCGUGUGAAGUUUUGAGCUUGCGGCCGCCGGCUUGUUGGAUGGAAGACGACGACGACGAAGGCGGCGACGACGAAAGCGCGACGCGAGAUGCCUGGUAUCGUGGUGUUCCGACGGCGCUGGAGCGUCGGCAGCGACGACCUCGUCGUGCCCGGCGUUUUCCUCUUCAUCCUCCAUCUCAUAUGGUUGACAGUGCUAGGCGUUCUACUGGGAAUUCUCGAGUGGGAUCGUAGCCAUACCUGCAUUCUUCUCCUGUGGGAAUACGUGAUCGGAUAUGAAGGUCUUUUCGUGGCCUGCAUAGCGGUAGAAUUCUCUAUCUGCCUCCUGGCGACGAGGGGCAGCAUCCUGGACACAACGGCGAGAGCGCCGAUGCAGUACUUUCUUUACAUUCGACUGUUCUUGGUAUUGGUGGAGACCGGAUGGCUGUGCGCAGGUGUUACUUGGCUAGUACGUUAUUAUCAAACCUGUCCAGUGGACCAAGCGAAAGAUGUUAUGCUAGGUUUGGUGAUAUCGAACUGGUGUCUGCUGGCGUUAAUGAUGGUGACCAUUUGGUGCACGUAUGACGCUGCUGGCAGAUCCUGGGUGAAGAUGAAGAAGUAUCAGCGUAGCAUGAAGGAGGCAGAAUCGAGAGGAGCAAGAUUGCAUUACAAGCGCAGCGGCAACAGAAGUCGAAAUUGGCGGCAACGAAAAGUAAUACGUGCCUAUCAGGACAGCUGGGACAAUAGGUGCAGAUUGUUGUUCUGCUGCAUGGGUAAUUCCGAUCGCAAUCGGAACUCGUUCGCCGACAUUGCUCGGUUGUUGAGCGACUUCUUCCGCGACCUGGACGUGGUGCCAUCGGACGUUGUAGCUGGUCUGGUGCUGCUCAGGAAAUUCCAAAAGAUCGAGCGCGAGUUAAUAGUUAAGCAGCGCAAGAACGAUACAUAUGAGUUCCUGUCGGGAGUGCCGGUCACUCCACGCACAAAGUUUCUGUCCCUAACGGAGGACGGCGAUCUCGGCCACUUUCAGUUGGCUAUCCACUAUAUGCACUUUGCCCUCGCCGCUUAUGGCUGGCCCAUGUUUCUCGUCGAUCCCUCCACUCAACUCUGCCAACUAUGCACCAGAUUGCAAUGUUGCUGCUGCUUUCCUUGCGGCACUCGUCACGAAGACACGGCGACGAUCGUCGAGGACAAUUGCUGCCGGUGCAAUUACGCCGCCCUGAGCAGAAUGCUCGACUUGGGAGAAAUUGAAGUCGUUUAUGCGACCUUCCAUGUCGACGUUGGCGAAACUCCGUUCUUCGUCGCGCUCGAUUAUACAAAGAGAAAGAUUGUGAUCAGUAUACGAGGGACCUUAAGCAUGAAGGAUGUACUGACAGACCUGAAUGCCGAGGGCGAGGUGUUGCCUUUGUCGCCGCCGAGGGAGGACUGGUUCGGGCACAAGGGGAUGGUGCAGGCCGCCGAAUAUAUACGCAAGAAACUGCAGGAGGAGGACAUGAUCGCGCGUGCUCGUGCAAAGAAUCCCUCUAGGGGCACACACCAAUUUGGAUUGACGUUGGUGGGGCAUUCGUUGGGUGCUGGCACGGCGGCGAUUCUCGCGAUUCUAUUGAAACAGGAUUAUCCAGACCUGAUGUGCUUUUCGUACGGACCACCCGGCGGAUUAUUGAGUAUGCCUGCCCAACAGUACACGCAGGAGUUUAUCACCUCCGUGGUGGUGGGCAAGGAUGUAGUACCGAGAAUUGGGCUUCGACAGAUGGAAAGUCUGAGGGCGGACCUCAUCAACGCUAUAAAGAGAAGCGUCGAUCCUAAGUGGAAGACAAUAGCGUGCUCGGUGAUGUGCUGUGGCUGCGGCUCGACACCCACGUCGGCGGCCAACCUGGAGGCCGGCGGUUGCAUCAGUGAAUACCAGCGCGACAAGGACCGGGCGCGCGCCCAGACUAUCGUACCCAGCGAUUCCAGCAUCGCCCUAACUCUGCACAGGCCCCUGUAUCCGCCGGGACGGAUCAUACACGUGGUGCGACAUCAUCCGAACAAGAGCGAGCAGAAGUAUGAGACGCGUUGGAGACAAGUGUUGAACAAGCGUGAGCCGGUGUACCAGGCGUUGUGGGCCGGUCCAUGCGAUUUCGACGAGGUACUGAUCAGCCCAGUGAUGAUACAGGACCAUAUGCCGGACAACAUGCUGCGCGCGUUGAACAAGGUUGUGACGACCCUCGGGCCGGCGAAGCCGCAGCGACUAGUGCCCGGACACGCAUCCUCGACGGAGGCGUCAUCGGAGGCGCGCGAGCAUCAUAUGAUCGAGGUCCAGGAGCUGGAACUGCAGGAGCAGGAGAUGCGAGCCCUACUGUCGCCGUCCAGCCCGGUCAGAUGUCACCUGGGCAACUUGGCCGGCACUCCGCCGCAUCGGCUCUGCCUGGAGACGAGCUUCACGUCGCUACAGAGCCCAACGGACAUACCGCACGCCGGUCGUGAACUCAGCGUGGACUCCCGGGGUAUCCCGUGGGAAUACGUCAGCCUCGCCAGCGAGCUGCUCCAUACGCCUAGGCCGGAGGACGGCAAACCUAGACCAAAUCGCUGGGACGAUCCGACGCGUACGGCGCCCUUGGCCACACCGGAAACGCUGUCGGAGGCGUCGACGAGCAGUCCGCCGUCGCCGGUGGUGCCGGCACCCAGGCCGAUGCGACGCACCCCGAAGAUCCCGGGAAACUUGUCGACGGCGGCGGACGACCUGAAGAAUAAUCUGCACUACGCGAUGCUCUCGGCGAAGAACUACUGGAGGACGGGGGAGCACGCCGGAGGCAGCAACAACGGCAGUAGCAGCGGCAACAGCGAGGCGAGUUACGAGAGCGCCAGGAGCCUCGCCGCCGCCGGUCUUCCGCCGCCGGUCCCGAGACGACGGGACUCCGUUAUCGUCAGGAGAGAACAACGGACGUGCACGGCAGCGUGUUGCAGGGACGAUUUGUCCUCGGAGAACUCGUCAAGCCACACGUCCUCGCACUCCUCGAGAGUUUCCCAUACCUCACAUCGCGUCCAGGUGGAGUUUAACGAGGAAGAGCACGACACCAACGGUUCCAGCUUGGAUUUCUACGAGGCGAAGGGUUCCUCUGGCCAGCGAGACAGCAGCAACGACGUCUUUCUCAGCGUGCGCAGUUCACCGGAGUGCAAAGGGCUGAUGGCACCGGCGACGGAUCUAUGCGCUGAAUGGAAGAAAGGAAUCGAUGCCACGGGUGUGGGUGGCGACGCCUCGUUACCGCUUCUCCGAGGUCUGUCACCCACGCCGACUCCCGGCCAGCACAACUCACCAUUUUUCAACGCUAAGCGAAAAAAAUACGUGUAUCCCAUUACGCUGGUGGGACGAGGCGAGAGCAGCGUCUAGUCAUAUAGGAUCUAGAUGAAUAUCGAUGAAAGAGACACGGUUAACGAUUACGAAAGCAUUCUUUACUCGUUGUCAAUAAAAAGAAACGUCAUAGUGAAGGAAAAGAAAAUAAUAUCGCUCUCUACGAGACUCGCAUAUGAGUUGAUCUUUUUUAACUUCGGGUGAAAAAAAUUAUGAAGGAACUUUAGUUCAGCGAAUUGAAAUAAAACCAAUCGAGGACCACGAAGCAUGGUAAUAGUAGUAUUCGGAAAUAGACGUUUGGAUACAUGUGCCAAAUUUUCCCUCUUCAACUUCCUCCUUAAUCUACAAAUUUCUCAGGUAAUGAAUUCAAACGGCAGUGCAAGAGACAUGCGUGAAGAAAUUGAGGUGUUUUUAAAACGUUCUUACGUCUUUUGCGCGCGUUUGAAUUGUUUUUCUUCGAUUCAUAGAUUCAGACAAACUUUCUUGGAUCGUCUUAUCUUGAUACGAACAUUCCGACUAAUAAUGAAAUAUUACAGUCUUGUAAUCUUACUGUAAUAAUCGUUAUUACUAACGAUAACUUUAAAGCAAGAUAACUUAAAAAUAUCAAUAGCAGGAGGAUACCUGUACAUGUUCCUAAAGAACAAUGUCGAACAAUAACACCGAGUGGUUAUUUUAAUAAUUGAUUAAUGACAGACUUAAUUACGCAAUAAUCUACCCUUUGCGAGAGAUUUUCAGUUCCAUAUCAGAAAAUCUAUUCCCACUCAUUUAGUAACAGAAGGAGAAACUUAUUUCUGCAACUAUAAAUCUCCUAGUCAAAAUUGAAGUGUGUCCUGCAGCACGUCGCGAUAACGGCCUAUUUUGUAAUGAUAUUGUUUUUUAGGAUUAGUAAAGGCCACUGAUUUUUAUAUAUUUCUAUUCUAAAUGUGAGUUUGUCAAAUGAAAAUCGAAUCUCGCACAGGUUCUGUUCGAUGUUUUGAUAUAAUUUGUAAUGUUUUUAAUUGAUUUGACACCGUAAUAAUUAUCGAUACUACUUUUUUAUUAUUCCUGAUCAAGUUGCACGAGUUUGAUGACGACACUUUAUGCGAAUGAAUUAAGAAAUAUUUCGCGAAACGUUAUUGCGAUUAUAUAGUCCAAAGAAAACGUGACCGUCAAAUAUGUGACCUUUGAAGAUACUUAAGAAUUGGAGUUUUGAUGUCACUGUACUUAUAUAAAGAAAUAGCACCAGGUGGCAUUUAAAUUCUAGUCAAUACAAAAUACGUUUAGAAAAUGUAAUAUUUAUUGUAAUAUUUAUAUAGUAUCUUUAGGGAGUAUUCGCAGAAUAUACAAUUAAUUUUAACAUAAUAGAAUUAUUUAUAAGAAGGGAACGGCGAGAAAGAAAGAGUAUAGUCUGUAUAUAGUGUAUAUGCAACUGAUUAUCCGCAUAUUGAGUGACCAUAGAGCGACUCCGAAGAUUAUCAAUGUAACGCGAACUCAAUAUUGCAUACUGAGUGAUAAUAAAUUAUUAUUACAGUGAA